CGCAUUAUAACCCCCUCUCCCCUCCCCACACACAGGACCUCCUCAUCCCCACCGGAACACAUACAAACACACAACCACGACCAACUCUCACACUAGGAGGGAAUAGAAAACGAGUGCUCAGUUGCCCGCUAUCCUCUGCCACGCGCCGGUCUGUAAGUAACUGAACAUGCGCUGGUGAUGUAAUAUACAGCCCAUAUAAUUAGUUGAAAGAAUUUUAUUAUUGCUCUUAUGAGAUUUGUAGAUCUACAACACACCUCAACUCCACAUCUGUCAGUAUGAAAAUUUGGCACAGCUACCUCAUCUACACGUCUGUGGCGCUCUUGACAGGUGGGACGGAGAGCAUCCAGGUGGAGGAGCCGCCAGGGCUGAAGGUGUUUGAGAACGGCACCGUGAACGACAUUGUGCUUGACUGUCCCUUCGUUCUUGAGGAAGGCGACAGCGCAGGCCUCGUCAUCAAGUGGUUUCACCUGACAAACCCAGUAGCAGUCUACCAGUGGAUACCCAGCGGCUCUGCCCCGCAGGCAACUGGCAUCCUGGAGGGUCGUGUGGACCUCGAGUACCAGUCCUCAGACAACAACCACCGGCCCGAGCACUCGAGGAUUCUCAACCCACCACCCGAGCUUCACCGACAGUACACGUGUUCGCAUCGCCUCCUUUCAACGAUGAAAAGUUGUGAACCACAAGAAGUGAAGGUUUGGACUGAGCAGCGAGACGAGCAGGAGGUUACUGUGGUGUGCGAGGUGAACCAUGUGUUCCCACAACCUCGCCUAUACCUCCUCCAGGUAUCUCCCGCAGCUGAAAGGUUGCCUUUAUUAUGCGGAGACCUGAGUCAGCAGCCACUUUUUCUUGCCUGAUGAUCUUCCAGUUAUCACAUCCCUAGAUUCAAAGAACAAAUAACUGAACUUUGAACUGGCUUGAAGACUACUGCUGGAAUCUUGGGUGGAAUAAGGUGCAGUCGCCUUGUGUAAAAGUGUAGAGUGAAACAUCAGGAGCGCAACAUCAGUGUGUUUUUGUAAAUGGUUCAAGUCGGACCGAAACGUCGUCGUAGCUUCUCUCUCCUAUGUGCGGGUUAUUUGUGUAUUGUUCCAGUCACGGUAUUGUGCUUUCUUGUUCUUCAGGUGUGUUAGACUAGGACUGUAGCUCAGUGUAACAUCAGGUGUGUUAGACUGCCACUGUAGCUCAGUGUAGAGUGUAACAUCAAGUGUGUUAGACUGCCACUGUAGCUCAGUGUAGAGUGUAACAUCAAGUGUGUUAGACUGCCACUGUAGCUCAGUGUAGAGUGUAACA